AUGGCCCGCUUCACUAGCCUGCUGGUGGUCGUUGCUUGUGCAUUGUUGGGCAGCCGCUUCACCACGUUGCUCUUUGCCAAUGCACCUUCCUCGGAGACGAACCAUCUUCGCAGUGUGGCCACAAGGGCUGUGGAUGCGCGUGAUGAGGGACUGGUUUUGAUCAAGCCAGAGGAGUCUGGCAAGGUGGUGAAGAGAGACGUGAACAACAACCCUCCACGCGUUGUCUUCAAGACCAACGACUGGGACCAGCCUGAGAUCCAGUACAGCACUGGCGCCAGCAACCAGGUCAACUACAUCACACCAGUCGUGCAGUCUGAUGACAUCAAAGCUUGGUUGUCUCUGAACGUGAACUUCUUCUCCUUCAUUGCCCUUUUCACCGUAGGUGGCAUCAUUGAGAUCCAGCGCUUCUUCCCAGACACCUUGUACUGGUGAGUGCAGAUGGCCAGCCAAAUAUGGCCAGGCUGAUCUGUGAAAUGAUGAAAGAGGAUGAAAGAGGAUUAAAGGGAUGAGAAUUGUGUUUCUAUAUGUUAACAUCCUGGAGCUACCUGUUGACUGCUCCUCAUGAUCUUUUUGUGAAUCUAUAUCCGUGGUGGACCGCACCAAGGGACCCAGAAAGGUCCAGAAACGGGUGGCGCUUGCCGAACGGCCGGCAGCUCCCUCCCGGGUUUCGCCCAAGAACGCAACGACUCCGAUGGCUUUUUAAAGGGCAAAAAGAUGACCAAGGUGACCAGAAUAAGAUGUCAG